UUCGUCAUCAAGACGUCCAUCUUCAUCCGCCCUUCGUCCACCUCAAGUCACAGCGAUGGCAACCACGGACAAGUACGAUCGCCAGUUGCGUCUCUGGGGAGCACGAGGGCAAGAGCAGCUCAUGUCGGCCAAGUUGCUGCUGUUGAAUGCUGGUCCCACAGGAUCGGAAAUCCUGAAGAACGUCGUGUUGCCGGGAGUGGGGUCGUUCGAGAUCGUUGACGAUCAUGUAGUGUCCGAAUCGGAUCUAGGAAAUAACUUUUUCGUGAAGACGGAAGAUGUGAAUCGUCCGCGGGCCCAAGUUGUGACGGAAUGGAUGCUCGAAAUGAAUCCCGAUGUCCGCGGCGCAUACAACAUCACGUCUCCCGCGGAAUUGAUUGACCACGAUGUUGCGUACGUGGACAAGUUCAGCUUGAUCAUUGCCACGCAGGUGGUGGAGCCGACCCUUGGGAAACUGGCCAAGCAUUGCCAGUCCAAAGCCAUUCCGCUCUUGGUGCUGCAUUCGUAUGGACUACUUGGAUACCUCCGCUUGCAGAUCCCCGAACACACCAUCGUCGACUCGAAGCCCGACUCCCCAUGGCACGACCUUCGCUUGUCCGCACCCUUUCCCGAACUGCAGGCAUAUGCCGACUCGUUUGACCUGGACAACUUGGACUCGUACGAGCGAGGCCAUGUUCCGUACGUUGUGAUUUUGAUUCAAGCCAUGCAAGAAUGGAAGGCAAAGCACCACGGCGCGCUUCCCAAAACUUUCGCCGAGAAACACGACUUCAAGCAGCUCAUUCGGUCCCAGUGCCACGGCUCGUUCGGUCAGGAAGUCAACUUUGUCGAGGCGUACGAUAACGCGUUCAAGGCGUACAGUUUGCCAAAGGUAGUAGCACGAUCUCACGGCACGCAUGCGCUCCUACUUGCACAGGACGGCAUUCCGGACGAAGUCCUGGAUGUCCUGCAUCACGCAAAGUCGGUGAACGUCACUUCCACGACGUCCUCGUUCUGGUUCAUCGCGCGGGCAUUGGCAGAAUUCGUCGACAAGCAUGGCGCGUUGCCCUUAAGUGGCCAUGUGCCCGACAUGACGGCGUUCUCGCAUACCUAUAUUGCCCUCCAGAAAAUCUACGUCAACAAGGCUGCGCUCGAUUGCGAUGAAAUCUUCGCGACGUCCGCAGCACUACUGAAAGUAGCGGGGGCAGACUCUGCUCGAAUCACCCGUGACGACGUGGCCGAGUAUUGCAAGCAUGCGUCCAGCAUUCGACUGGUGCAAACGAGGUCGUUGGCGGACGAAGCGCAGCAAGCAAAUUUAAGCGAGGUGGAUUUCGACGACGAAAACUCGACGCAAUCGCCGCUCCUUUGGUAUUUUUUGAUUCGGGCUGUUCAAGCUUUCAUCGAAGAGUUUGGAAAAUACCCUGGCGCGGACAACAACUGUCCCAAGGAAGCGCAGUGGCUUGUGGACAAGGCCCGCAGCAUGGCUACGCACUCGUUGGAAUCGUUUCCCGCAGAGUGGAUCACCCUCGACCAUGGGAUUGAAACAUGCCGAAACAGCGAAGUCGAAAUCCACAACAUUGCGGCGAUUCUGGGCGGCGUCGGGGCUCAAGAAGCGGUCAAGGUCAUCACACACCAAUUCAUGCCGUUGAACAACACAUACAUCUUCAACGGAAUCACGGGAUGUGCUGCCACGUAUGCGCUUUAAACGAACGCGAGAGCGCCGCCAACGGGAAUAACAUGGCAAGACAGAGGGAGCAUCUCUACUGCGCCAGUUCGUCUUUGCAGCGUGGGCAAGCGCACUCAAAGUGAUAUUCACUACCACAUGACACACACCAUGGGGACCGACAACAACGCUGGCAAGGGUACCUGAGUUGGGCACGUCGUUCGUCGACGUCAACGUCCGUGUCGAUGUACGCAAUGCACAACUCGUCGCCAGGCUGCAUGCAACCCGUCAUGUGAGCCUUUCAACGUGUACCCAGAGCAGCACGUACACCGAUAUCUUGGAUCGCCACGACCGUGGCUUCGCCGGUUUCGUAUGUGACGGCAACGUUCGGGUCGCAGCUGUGGUUCAUCAUGCAGAUGAGCGAGUACAGCGCUGUGCCGUCGAGGUCUGGA